GAGACGAGGAGGUCUCACGAGAGGAGAAGCAACUCUCGCGAUGAUUUAUUUAUUUAUUUAUUUGCGUCUGUGUUUAUUUGCCUAGCGACUGACAACGGGCUAGUUGCUCGGGGUGGAACUCCUAAGGUGGUCUAGCCUGAGAUUGGAGUGAGACCCCAGCCGUAGGCCGGGGUUCUUUCCAUAUAGAGGAGACGGAUUCAGAGGGGCUACAGCCUCCCAAAGUGCUAGGAUUACCAGCAUGAACCACCCCGCCAGGCCUCAGAGACAGAACUCUUUAUGACCUAUACAGCCUUCCGUGAGAAACCCCAACAGCCUUGGGAAAACUAACCAAAGGAGAGAAGAAAGCCUUCAUCUACAUGCAAACCAAGAUUGUUGAAAACCAGACAUAUGAUGAGCGUCUAGAGAUUAACGACUCUGAAGAGGUUGCAAGUAUUUAUACUCCAACCCCAAGACACCAAGGCCUUCCUCAUUCUGCUGAGCUUCCUAACAAGACCAUGGCUGAUAACAGCAGUGAUGAGUAUGAAGAAGAAAAUAACAAGAGAAUAACCCUGUUUCUGAAAGAAAGACGGAAAGAUACCUGCAUCUCUAGCCAGGAGAAGAAGAAGACCUCACAGUUGACACCUCAGCGGGGCUUCAGUGAAAAUGACGACGAUGAUGAUGACGACGACGACUCAUCAGAAACUGAUUCUGAUGAUGACGAUGAUGAUGAGGAACACGGAGCCCCUCUGGAAGGGGCCUAUGAUCCCGCAGAUUUUGAGCAUUUGCCAGUUUCUGCAGAGAUUAAGGAACUCUUCCAGUACAUCAGCCGGUACACACCUCAGUUGAUUGACUUGGACCACAAACUGAAACCCUUCAUUCCUGAUUUUAUCCCAGCUGUUGGAGAUAUCGAUGCAUUCCUAAAGGUCCCACGUCCUGAUGGAAAACCUGACAACCUUGGUCUUUUGGUAUUGGAUGAACCUUCUACAAAGCAGUCUGACCCUACAGUGCUUUCACUCUGGCUAACAGAGAACUCCAAGCAGCACAAUGUCACACAACAUAUGAAAGUAAAGAGCCUGGAGGAUGCAGAAAAGAAUCCCAAAGCCAUUGAUAUGUGGAUUGAGAGCAUCUCUGAGUUACACCGUUCUAAGCCCCCUGCAACUGUGCACUAUACCAGACCCAUGCCUGACAUUGACACGCUGAUGCAGGAAUGGUCUCCAGAGUUUGAAGAGCUUUUGGGCAAGGUGAGCCUGCCCACAGCAGAGAUUGAGUGCAGCUUGGCAGAAUACAUUGACAUGAUCUGUGCCAUCCUAGACAUCCCCGUCUACAAGAGUCGGAUCCAGUCCCUCCACCUGCUCUUUUCCCUCUACUCAGAAUUCAAGAACUCACAGCAUUUUAAAGCUCUUGCUGAAGGCAAGAAAGCAUUCACUCCUCCAUCCAUCUCCACCUCCCAAGCUGGCGAUGCAGAGACAUUAACCUUCAGCUGAGACACCUCCCACACCACCCUGUUUGAAGGCUGAACCGGCUCUUCUAUUCCAGCUGAGACAGAGACGUCCUUGUCAGCCACCUGGUGUCCUUGCCUGUGCAACAGCAUGGCUCAGGGGCCAGCACAUGUCCUGCUACCCUCCCUGCCAGAGAGCUCUGCACAUGAUUGUUAAACAGCUCUACUUAGCUCAGAUUGCCUUCCCAGGGGAGUUACACAUCUGUGCCCUGUGGGGAUUUGAAUUAGAAGAAUUGGAAUUUCUGAGAUUUCAUGGAGCUCAGUUUGGAAGGAAAGCUUAACAAUGAUCUUUUUGGGAUAGAGAUGGAAUUAUUUUCUUUCAUUCUUGAAGUUGUUGGGCAAAGAUUUUAUAAAU